AUGUCAAGCCUCCCAAAGACCCACAUCCACGAUGAGGACUCCUCCGGGGCCAGCCUCGCCCUCGAGCCCGUCCAGACCGGCAUGUCAUACAAGCCUCCACAGAUGAAGACAUGGCAUCGUCGUCUGGUGAUGUUAUCUCUGUGUCUGACUCUCUUCCUUGGAGCUCUCGACAUUACCAUCAUUGCGACCGCGCUUCCAACCAUCGCCGAACAAUUACAUGUCACCGCCCAGGAAUACGCGUGGAUUGGAAGCGGUUACACCCUCGCCACCACGGCGUCGACGCCAGUCUGGGCCAAGCUGUCUGACAUUUUCGGCCGCAAGGCAACCAUCAUGACUACUACAACAAUCUUCAUGAUAGGAAGUCUUAUUUGCGCACUAGCGAAUUCCAGCACUGUACUUAUUGCCGGAAGAGUGGUGCAAGGGCUUGGUGGUGGUGGCUCCCUUGUACUUGUCACGAUCAUUAUCGGGGACCUCUUCAGUCUGGCGGACCGAGCCAAGUACUACGGUCUUACUGGUAUUGUGUUCGGUAUUGCAAGCGCCGUGGGCCCUGUUUUGGGCGGCGUCUUUACGCAAGCUGUAAAUUGGAGAUGGUGCUUCUAUAUUAAUCUUCCUUUUGACGGUGUCGCCCUAAUCGUUCUGUUCUUCGCCCUCAACGUCGACAUUCGAAAGGAGCCAAUCCUUGAAGGACUACGUGCAUUGGACUGGACGGGCUUCGCCUUGAUCAUCGGGGGGACAAUUUGCUUCCUCUAUGGUCUUGAGGCUGGCUCCGGCGGCCUCGCCCCGUGGGGUUCGGCUAAGGUCAUCUGCCUAAUUGUGUUUGGGCUUCUCAUUCUCGCCUUGUUCAUGGUGUGGGAAGCCAAAUUUGCGAAGAACCCCGUCAUUCCGAUUCGAAUCUUCCAAAAGACGACCAACAUCGCCUCUUUCACAGUCUCCUGCCUCCACGCCUUCAUCUUCAUCUCGUACGACUUCUUCCUGCCCCUAUACUUCCAAGUAAUUCUGGGCUUCAAACCAAUUAUUUCAGGCAUCACUCUUUUCGCGUUGAUUCUUCCGCUGUCGUUUCUGACGUUGAUUGGGGGUUUGGUUACACGAAAAACAGGACAUUUUCUCAUCGUUAUAAUUGCUGGAACAGUUCUCAUGACAUUGGGAAAUGGCUUGUUUAUCAGUCUCGGUACCGACACAAACUGGCCGAAGAUCAUCAUCUUUCAGAUACUCGCAGGCAGUGGAGCAGGUGUACUCUUCCAGAGUCCGAUGAUUGCGUUGCAGAGUCACCUGCAUCACAAGGAUAUGGCUGCCGCCAUGUCGGCAUACAACUUUCUUCGCAGUCUCUUCACAUCCAUCUCGAUUGUUAUUGGAACCGUAUUGAUCCAACGAUCGGUUGGCAGUGGCACCUUAACAACGAUCCACGGAGGAGGGCAAACAACGGAUAAAAAGGAAUAUGUGAAAGCAUUGCAUAUCAUGUGGGGUUUUUACACUGGGAUUGCAGGUUUGAUGAUCAUGGCCGCAUGCUUCAUCAAGCAGACGCCUACCAAAAAGCAGUCGAGCGAAGCUGCAACUAGCUCCAGCCCUCGACUGGAAGCAGGGCACAUCGAGUCGGAGGCUGACGCACCGAAUUCGAAAACGGGCGAAGUUCUUAAAGAAAAACCAGAGUCUGGCUAG